ACGACGGGAAGCGUCGUAAUGGCGGUCGGUAGUGAAGGACGUUUACUACGUUAAAAAUAUAGCUAAUACAACACAAAAUGGGUCAGAAAGGCUGCAAGCUGACACCCGAGGAGACGCGAGAGCUUAUACAAUGCACAUACUUUGAUAAAAAAGAACUGCAAAAAUGGUACAAGGAUUUCAUGAAAGACUGUCCUUCGGGACAGCUCAGGCAAGACGAGUUUCAAAGAAUUUAUCAACAGUUUUUCCCUUUUGGGGAUCCAACAAAAUUUGCAGAGUUUGUCUUUAAAGUAUUUGAUCAAAAUGCUGAUGGUCACAUAAGUUUUAAGGAGUUUAUCACAGCCUUGUCRAUCACUUCAAGAGGAAGCCUGGAUGAAAAACUUGAAUGGGCAUUUUCACUGUAUGACCUUGAUAGAGAUGGGUUUAUUACAAAAGAGGAGAUGUUAAGUAUCGUGAAAGCUAUCUACUGUAUGGUGGGCAACAUAAUUGAUCUCCCUCAAGAUGAAGAUACGCCUCAAAAGAGAGUCGACAAGAUAUUCAAACAAAUGGAUAAGAAUGAGGAUGGUCGUUUGACCAUGGAGGAGUUUCGCGAGGGUUCUAAAUGCGAUCCAUGGAUUGUACAAGCACUUGCAAUUGACCUUCCGCAAGAAGCCGAAGGUGAAUGAGAACAGACACAUCUUUYUACUUGGGUUUAGUGAAACCAUGUUAAUAGCACAUUUAUACAGCUCGCUUUAAGUCGAUGUUAAAUGUCACUUUUCAAAGAAUCAAAAUUUCAUCCCAUGACACAGAAUCUGGAGUGUUACUGGAUUCCAGAUUCCAAGCUCCUUGAUUGUGGAUCCCAUGAAAAAAAUUAGCAAGGAUUCUGAAUGACUCCAUUUUAGAUUUAGAAUGCAAAGUGAAGUAAUUAAUUUGGAUUUCAGAUUCCUUUUCCAUUGCCAUUCAUUCCAGAUUCCAAGUGUCUGGAAUCCGAAUUMCAGAUUCCAGAUUCUAGAUUCCUUGUCGUGGGAUGAAUAAUGAGUCUCUAUGCUUAGUAAUCGAAGCCUGAUCAGUACUUAAGAGUUUACUCAGGAUUACCAAUAAAUAAGCUCAGCACAGCCAUGAGGAACAAGACAAUGURUUAUCAUGUAUGAAACAGCAUAAGUCUCRGGGUCGUCCAACAAUUCUUGUUAAUGAUGGACGCUUUGCUGSCUUAUUCAAUCUUAUUUUGAUGUAGGGUGAUAUUGGAUUAUUUAUUUGUUGAACUUUAGUUCCUUAAGCAACAGGCAAAAAAUGUCUCAAUGCUUAAAGCCAAAAUAAUAGAAUGCCAUGGACAAUACAACUUAUAAGGACAGGUCAAGUAUAUGUGAUCUUUCUGUCACUUCACAUARAUCAAGAGCUUGCUCUUCUUUCCCUCUUUGGGCUUCCUGUGUAGUUUGGCCAAGAAGGCAUGGAAACCCCUUUGUCUAACUUGGUGGACCAAGUCUCCCUAGGUCAAAAAACUAGUAGAGGAAGCCCAAAACGUUCUUAAAAGAGCUUUAAUCUGAAAAACCAACUUUACAAUAUUGUGGUCAUAAAAUMUGGGUAACAGUUCCUCUCCAAGCAACUGUCUUCCUUUCUCCUAUUCUCUUGUUGGUCUUCCUGUCUUGAUGUGGCUGAGGGAGAAUGGAAUCAGUACUGCUUGCAGAGGAUACUAAAAUCAGUGGUACAACAUUUGAACUGUACUUUUGUUCUAUUUAUUGUUAAUUAUGUAAUGUAUUGCAUCUUAUUUACAGUUUUGAACACAUUAAUGGUAUAAUUUAUAUAUUUAAUACGCAACAUCUAGUAAAACUAACAAAGUAUAAUGUUGA